AUGCUUUUCUCUAAGAGCUCGAGCGGUACUUUGGUAGCUGCGCCAGAAGCCACGUCACAGAACCAGGGGGACAGCUCGGAGAAGGACGGACCAGAUGAUACUGUGGAGGGUGGAAUCAAGGCGUGGUGCGCUGUUGCAGGAGGGUGGCUCGCGAUGAUGUCCACGUUUGGGUACACCAACGCGUUUGGUGUUUAUCAAGACUUUUACACCCGGUCGCACGUCGCGUCGGCCUCGCGUACCAGCUGGAUAGGCUCGACCCAGCUCUUCCUGCUCACCGCGACGGGCCUGUUUGCCGGUAAACUCGUCGAUCUGGGAUACUUCCGCCAGACCGUGUUGGCGGGCUCGUUUAUCUACGUGUUUUCUCUAUUCAUGCUUUCUAUCGCGCACCCGGACGAGUAUUAUCAGAUCUUCCUUUCGCAAGGUAUUGGGAUGGGCCUCGGUGCUGGACUGAUAUACAUACCGUGCCUCGCGAUCCAGUCGCAUCACUGGCGUACUCACCGCGCGAUGGCUAUGGGCAUCGUAUUUACCGGCUCCUCCGUUGGCGGAAUCGUGUUUCCUAUCAUGCUCAACCAGCUUUUGAACGUGGACAACGUAGGGUUCGCGUGGAGCACCCGCGCGACGGCAUUGAUCGUGCUUGGCCUGCUGGCUUUGGCUAAUUGUCUCAUGAGCGACCGAGUCGCGUCGAAAGCCGCUAGCGGGCAUGACCAUCCAAAGCUGGAUAUUGGAUCGUUUUUGACGGAUGGGCCUUAUAUGUUGCUGACACUUGGCGCAUUCAUAUGUCUCUGGGGCGUGUUUUACCCGUUGUUCUACGUUCAGCUAUUCGCCAUAACUCACGGCGUAGACCCCAAGAUCGCGUUCUAUACCCUGGCGAUCCUGAAUGCGUCCUCGAUCCCCGGACGCGUCCUCCCGAAUCUGUUCGUCCACAGAUACGGGACGUACAACAUCCUGCUGGCGUGCGGUCUUUGCUGCGGUGCGAUCACGUUCGCUUUGUUUGGGAUCACGACCGUUGCGGGGAUCGUCGUCUUCGCAAUCCUAUCGGGGUUCUUCUCAGGAGGGUUCUUGUCGGUCAUCACGGCCGCUAUAGCCUCACAUGCGCGCCAUGAAGGAGAGAUAGGCUUGCGCAUGGGGUUCGCUUUUGCUCUGGCUGCCGUAGGCUCGUUGACCGGAACGCCCAUCGACGGCGCUCUCCUCGGCGAUGCGUUUACAUGGUCUCGAACGAUCAUAUUCAGUGGAGUCACAGUGCUCGCUGGCACCGCUGUUCUCGCGGUGUCUCGCCAGAUGCUGGUGAGGCGCAAGGGGACGCAGAUCAUAUGA